GAAAUGAAAGUCAGAUAGUGCGUUGCUCAAUGGCUACAGUAGAUAAGGCAGAGUGAAUGGAGCAGGAGCGAGGAUGGGAACGGGAGGUACUCUGAAGUCUGUCCUUGAGCGCACAGGACAGAUGCAUCAAUGAAGGUGGGACAGGAACCGAAACUUUAAACGCACGUUUUUCAGGCAAUACUUGAUUCGGUUCGGAGCUGUCUGGAUGUAGGGCAUCAAUCUAGAAUGCUUUCCAACAAACUACGUGGCAGCCGAAGAAAGCACGAAGGAAAAAGCGUUUGCUGUGAUCUGCGGAGAGGAGUAACGUGUGCAUGUGUUUCUCAUCCAUCUCAAGUGAUAUGGCAGGGAACUGACUGAGGGAGAGAGUUUAUACAGAAGACAUUCAUCUGGGAACAGUAAAGGUGCUGAUCUCUGGAACCGAGGCAAGGCAACCCAUCAGAAAUGACACAGCUCAUCUCAUCUCACAUGAAUCUUAGACUGGACUCUGACACCAGGCACCUUCUUGAUUGCAUAUGAACCACUAAAUGCACUUCAUGUCUCUGAACUGAAGUGACAUUCAUCCCUGGACUUGAAUUCAGUUGUCACGUAUAGAAAUUGAACUUUGAAUUUUGAAGAUGUCACAACAGAUCUAAAAAUAACACCUCAGUGUGAACAGGUUUUACAGUAAGUCACAUACAGUCUUCCACUGAGGACCAGACUUUUUGGCCUUUUGGAUGGAUAUUGGAAAUUUCACAAUCUAAAUAAUUUCCAUGCUGAUACACCUAAUAGCUGUGGCGCCCCUUGCCUUUCUCUCAUGUCCAUGGACCCAUCUAGUGCCAUGCUCUCACAGGCGCUCCUGCUCUUACAGUGCAUUAUUCUGACUCUCGGCCAGUACGAUAUCUGUAAGUCGCUGGUCAGCACAGACGAUGGACCAACAUGGGAAUAUUACGCUUGCCAGCCCAAACCCAUGUCCAUGAAGGAGUACAUGCAGAUUAGAGUGGAGCCUCCCGAUAUCACAUGUGGGAAUCCACCGGAGAGGUUCUGCACUCUGGAAAACCCAUACCUGUGUAGUGACGAAUGCGAUGCCUCCACCAAAGAACUUGCCCAUCCUCCAGAGCUGAUCCAAGACCGUGAGCGAACCGGACUCAUCACGUACUGGCAGACUGUAACAUGGAGUCGUUUCCCUGAGCCUCUUCAGGCCAACAUAUCCUUAUCCUGGAACAAAAGCCUGGAGUUAACAGACGACAUCCAGAUAACAUUUGAGUACGGACGGCCCACAAUAAUGGUGCUGGACAAGUCCUUGAAUUAUGGACGAACCUGGCAGCCUUAUCAGUACUACGCCGAUGACUGCAUGGACGGCUUCGGGAUGUUACCAAAGAGGGUGCAGGAUCUGUCGGCCACGAACGUUACUAGAGUCAUAUGUACCGAGCAAUACUCUCGUUGGGUCGGUUCCAAGAAUGAGAAGAAUGUGCGGUUCGAGGUCCGGGAACGCUUUGCCAUAUUUGCUGGGACAAAAUUACAAAACAUGGACAACUUAUACACACGCAUGGAGAGUAUGAAAGGCCUCCGAGACUUUUUCACCUUCACAAACCUGCGGCUUCGGCUGCUGAGACCGGCGCUCGGAGGAACAUACGUACAAAGAGACAACCUGCUCAAGUACUUUUACGCCAUCUCCAAUAUCGACAUACCAGCAAGGUGUAAGUGUAACCUCCACGCCAGUCAGUGCUCCCUCCGUGACAGGAGCCUUCAGUGCGACUGCGAGCACAACACCACUGGACAAGACUGCUCGGCCUGCGAGAGAGGAUUCAAAGCCAAGUCCUGGAAGCCCGGCUCAUACCUGCCCACCCCGAACGGCUCCCCGAACAUUUGUGAGGCAUCGGGAACGUCUGACAUGCCAACACUAGCUGUUACGCUUGACCCUGCCACUGCACCAAUGUCUAUAACUACAUCCAUAACACCACCCACAAUCCAACUGACCUCAACACCAGCCACCACAGGAUCAGUCCAACCUGUCACAGUAUCCCAGACUCCGGGUACAUCAGCGUCUGUAAGCACGUUGACAGACACGGCCACCUCCAGUGACACAUCGACUUCUCCUCCUGCCCCUACUGGCGGCUCAGAGAUCGCUGAAUCCCUCACCAACACACCAGCUGCUACCAUCUCGAGCCAGACAGACACCUCGUCUUUAACUACAAUGCCAUCUCCGUCUAGUCCAACACUCACAGUUGUACUUGUACCUACAGCACCUGACCAGCCAGUUUCCGCAGCACCAGAUGUGAUACCCGAUGCGCCCACCACAGCAACCGACACCGUGACUGCAACAACUGACUUUGUUACAAACAAUCCACUCUCUGUUCUUCCUGAGGUUACCGAUUCAUUUGCCUCAUCCUCUGAUGGCACUGCUACAACACUUAAUAUGGACACCCAAGCAAUAUCUUCUGCAACCAUGGCAACAACACCUUCUGCAACCAUGGCAACUUCUGAAGCAGCAUCUUCAGCAUCAGCUAGCACAAUCCAACUGCCAACCUCUAUUGCUGUUGAUGCAGAUUCACUGGUUUCUGAUAGAUCUCCUGUGGAAGCAGGUGCAACGGUUACAGGAAAUACUGCGGUAACCUUAGUUACAAGCACAGUUGUGUCCUCAACUGAUGCUGCAUUUAAAACAGUUGAUGCACUCCCUCCAGACAUUGAUUUGAUUGUCCCAGCAUCUGAUGUUCCUCUAACUCCUGCAUCUGAUGGUGAUGCACCUGCAACUGAUGCCAUCGCAGCUGUAACAGAUGCUCCAGCAAUAGUUACAGUUUCUCCAGAGAUUGCGUCCAUUGCCCCAGCAACCUCAGACUCGGAUGCUCCUGCGACUACUAAUGUGGCUCCUGAAGGUCCAGGUGAUGCAGAAGCAACCAAUGUGUCUGAUGAAAUCAAACCAGCUCCAGAAGGCCCAGGUGAUGCAGAAGCAACCAAUGUGUCUGAUGAAAUCGAACCAGUUCCAGAAGGCCCAGGUGAUGCAGAAGCAACCAAUGUGUCUGAUGAAAUCGAACCAGCUCCAAAAGGUCAAGGUGAUGGUGCUCAAAUUGUCAUAGCAGGUGCAGAAACAGUCACUGAUGCUGCUCCUCAACGUAAUGCUGAGACUGACAGUAAACCUCCAUUUGAAGUAGGAGAGAAGAAUGAAGUUCCUCUUGUUGAGACCGAGCAGGAAAAAACAGCAUCAAAUCUGGAGAAGAAAGAUAACGAUUCUCCUGACAGUAAACCUCCGUCUGAAGAAGGAGAAAACAGUGAAGUUCCUCUAGCUGAGUCCAAGGAGGAAAAAACAGCAACAAACUUGGAGAAGAAAGAUAAAGAUGCUCCUGACAGUAAACCUCCGUCUGAAGUAGGAGAAAACAGUGAAGUUCCUCUAGCUGCGUCCAAGGAGGAAAAAACAGCAACAAACCUGGAGAAGAAAGAUAAAAACGCAGAAGCCCCAGUAUCUGGUGACAUUAAGAAGAAUAACGAGGCUGGGAAAACCGGAGAGAGCAGGAAAGCCAAAGAGGAAAAGAAAGAGAAGGAAAAAAAGAAAGAGAAGGAAAAAAAGAAAGAAAAAGAUUAUGAAAAGAAAGACUAUGAGAAAAAAGUUGUUGAGAGGAUUUUGAUCCCUGGGGGGCCAAAAACGCAGUUGUCAAAAAUAGCGUACAUCAGAUUUCAAGACUGCGAGUGCAACGGUCACUCAAAUCGCUGCAGUUACAUUGAUUUCAUCAACAUUGUGACUUGUGUGAGCUGCAAACACAACACUAGAGGGCAGAACUGUCAGCACUGCCGCCUCGGAUACUUCCGGAAUGCUUCCGCCGAGCUGGACGAUGAGAAUGUUUGCAUAGAGUGUAACUGUAAUCAGCUGGGCUCUCUACACGCCCGGUGCAAUGACACAGGCUUCUGCCAGUGUAGAGAGGGCACCACGGGCCAGAAGUGUGAGGACUGCCUGCCUGGAUAUACCUGGAAGCAAGGCUGCGUGCCAAACGUGUGCGACGACGAGUUCUUCCUGUGUCAGAACGGCGGCUCCUGUAUCCAGAACCAGAAGUGCGUGUGUCCACCCAGCUUUAGGGGUGUUUUGUGUGAGCAGCCACGCUGCCAGGGCGAGAAAGGGUGCGAUGGCGCAUCGGCCUGCUACCUCAGCACACUGACGCUGCUGCUCUGCCUUCUAGCCAACAGCCUGCUUAAAGCCAGCACCUAGAAACCCAUCUUAGUCCUGAUAUCGAUUCUAGUCUACGCAGGCCAAAGGGCUGAACCCUGCGGACAGAGAGAGAGUGGCCUGAACUCGUACGGAGUACGGACCCAGCCUCACGGUGCUGAAAUCUUUUUUGGAAAUGGCGGUGGCUGCACUGAGGUCAAAACGCCUUCAUGAGACGAGCAGUUUAUUGCUUGCCUACUAGCAACACUGAUCGCCUGAACUUUAUACCAAAAACAGAAUUAAAAGAACUUAAGUUCAGUUUCAGCUCACUAUACACAAAACUCUAAAGAAAGUGGGGAAAUAUAUAGAUGCGGUUUCAAUUCCUUUGCAUUUCUACUUUCGCUGUAGUUCUGACGCUCACUGAGGUACAAGCACCGCAUUUAGCUAGCUUGUUUUAACGAACAACAAACGGUCGAUAUCACGGAAGCCUACUUAUGCCAAGUUAUUCUUCUCUUGAAGACUUGUUUUUACAUUUCCUUUCAUUGCUGCAUUUUUCUUGCAUUCUAUUGCCAUUGAGGUUGUAACAAGUAGAUCAAACCAAUGGAAAAGAUGUUUAAUCGCCGUCCCGCUAGUAUGAAGAAUGAACGUCUCUAGCUUGUGUUUGAGAUUACGUUUAUGGAAUGUAGAAAGAGGUUUUAAAUUGUCACACUGAACAGAUAU